AGGCCCUACUGCACACAAAGGUGCCUGUUAGGGCUCGUCCAGGGCGGGUUCCUCGACGUGAAAUGCCCCAACGUGGCGCUACAUAGACAGCCCAACUCUGACAGCAACCGCCAUCAUGGCUUGAGCCGCGCCUGUGUUCGUCACCCAAUCAACCACGCCCAUUUCCUCUCUCUUCUCCUAAAGCAGCUGAAAUGGACACUAGACGAUGGGAUCACGCCUUUGGGGCAGGGAGGUGCACGCGGCGUAUUAUUCAAGAUCUGGCUGAUUGAAUAUGGUUAUACCUUUGUCGGCAAAGGCACGAUUCAGGCAUUUGUCAAAGACCUUGAGCACGAGGCGGCGGUAUACAAACGGCUGCAUCCCAUCCAAGGUAUACAUGUGCCCGUCUUCCUCGGGGUCGUCGACCUUCGGUCGAUGAACAGGAUAUAUUACUAUGACCACCGGGUCUAUGUAGUACACAUAACGCUCUUGUCCUGGGGCGGAUGUGACCUUGACGCGACAGAGAUUGUGGGUAGUCGGGAGGGACAGUUCAAAGGGAAGGCGAUGCAGUCGUUGCUCGCAAUUCAUCAACUGGGAGUAGCACACAUGGAUGUACGGGGAGCAAACAUGCUUUUUAACACAGAGGUCAACGGUGUUAUGAUGAUCGACUUCGAAAGAGCACUACUGCUGGAGCCACCUCGGUCUCCAUUGGGCCAGGUGGUACCGAACAAACGAAGAUGGAAGCCAAAUGUGGUAUAUUCCAGCAAGUCGAGGAAGCCGGUUGGUCGAAGUCAUGUUAGCAGGGUAUUUUCCGAGGACAUCGGGCUGAUGAAGAUGGCCUUUGACAGGCCGCAACCGUUUUAA